GUGAAUUAAGCGCACAAAGAAUCGUCGACGAUCAAAGAAGUUUUAUAAUCAACGCUAAAUUGUUAUUUCUUGUGGCGUAGGAUCUCUAAAUUAUCCGUUUUUGUUACGGAACUCUGCAUCAAAAGGGCCACAAUUUUGCUUUCCCUUAUUAUCUUCAUUAAUGAUGUGAUGUGCUCACAUUUUUUAAUGCUACUCUAAUUUCUUGUCUUGGAGUGUUUAAUAGUGUGCAUUGUGGAUAUUAAACGAGAUAUAAGUUGGAUUAAUACAAGAUGGAUUUUGAACUCCCGGAGUUGCCUGAUGUUUUCAAAGGGCAGGAUAGCGGUACGACGGGUGAAUUCUGUGAAGCCUACGUUGAUGACGCUGGGACCUACCACACCAGUAAACAUUGUCCAGGACCAGAUGCUAUAGAAGAUGCUCUCAAGAACAUCUACUGCUGUGGUUCUGCAACAUACAAAUACUGUUGCAGCAAACCCACUGGAUAUUUCUUAGAACAUUUCAACAUCGGUGCUUUCGUCGGUGGCUCCAUCGCUAUCGUCAUCGCACUCAUCAUCGGUAUCAUCCUAUGUUGCUGCUGUUGCUCUUGCUGCUGUUGGAAACAAAAACAGACUCGAAGACGGAGUAUGAGAGCCAAUGGACCGGGACAAUCGGCCGUGGCUUACAGUACGUAUCCUGCUAAUGGUGUUGAGAGGGCUCGAGGUCCAAGUCUCUUUGGUCGUAUUGUCCCACUGUCUCAUAUCCCUGUUAUUAGACAUUUACAUGGACCUAGAACAGUGGUGAGCGCUACGCCAGUCGUUCGUGAAACUCCCCGAGCCGCCCCACCCUCAGCGGUACCUAACUCGUAUCCCAAGCAGCAGUAUCCCCAUCAGGUGGGCGUGGCCCCGAGUCCUCAUCAAUCUCCACAUCAUCAACCGUCACCACACCACAUCCCACACCACGCCACCACGGCAUCCCCUGUGCACCAUCAACAGCCUUAUACAGCACCGCCUAUCGCCACCCCGGCACCACCAGGCGUCAUCUCGGCAGGUGCAGCAGGCGGCUACCAUUCACCCCAUCACAUUGGAUUCGCACCCCACGUUGACCAACCACCGCCUUACGUUUCGACAGUUUCACCGGCGCAAAUGCAGGCGCCGCCGUUAUUGGACAAAGGUGGAUAUCACGUGCAGGGGGGUUUGGGAGGACCGAGUGCACCGCCAGUCUGCAAUGAUCCACCUCCCGCUACCAAUCCUCAUUAUCAAGGCAACUUCUGAAAUUAUGAUAGCCAAGAUUCGAGCAGCAAACAUUGACAAAUUGUAUGUUACGUGAAUGCAAUAUGAAAUUAUUUCGUGCCGUGAUCAAAAGCAAUAGGACUGCGUCUUAAAACUGAGAUCGGACACUCUUUGCUUUUUAUUUUGUGAAUAACAAUUAUGCAUGAUCAAUUUACAUGAUAACACACUUUAUUGUGUCUUUCUUUUAUCACUGUUAUGACGAAAGUUGUUCAAUAACUAGUUUGGCAACAUGAUCAUGGAUUAUAUAGACUGCAGUAUGUUUCCUUGCCACUAGAUAUUUGACAGACAUCUCAACAUUUCUUUUUAUGGUACAUGAACAAUACACAUCGGAAAGUCAAACGGCCCCGUCACCUAUUAUCGUCUUUGUUAUCUACAGACGACCGCAAACUCGAACAUUUUCGAUUUUCAAAACGAAUAGCGUUGUCUAUCAACAUCUACUGUAGAUAGUAUAUAAACCCAUGAGGCCCCCCCCCCCCCUCCCCUUAAACACACACACUCACACAUACUCUACACAUGCCGCUACAAUAGAAUCAGAGGAAAAGGAUGGAAACGGCAAGAAAAUAGAAGGAUAAAAGUAGCAUGCCAAUAAGAUAGUCAAGGUGGGUGUUUCAUAAAGCUGUUCGUAAGUUAAGAGCGACUGUAAGAACUGGUGAUCCUUUCUUGUGGAAAAUGCGGGGGGGGGUGGUAUAUUCAUUGACGAUAAUUAAGCGCGUAAGAAAGGUUCACCAUUCGUUCUUAAAGUCGUUCUUUACUUACGAACAGCUUUAUGAAACGGCCCCUGGUAUGGUCUAGGUAUAUAACUUAACUCAUUAUACCACCAUUAUUCUACAGAGGAAAAAAACGAGGUCGCCUCUAGCUGGAUCAUACAGAGGCGGUGUCAUUUAAAUAUAUAUAUAAUAUUUCAGGCCGUCUUGCCUCCCAUAAAAUGACUACCGUCGCCUUUGUAUGAACUAGAUAUACAUUCAAUUUGGAAAAAAAAUUGGAGCACUCGUUUCUCAUACGGUUUAGUUUAGUUUUACGACAAUAUUGUUACGUUUUUCUUUGGGUUAACUUGUUUUGACGCACAAAAGACUCUGCACAAUAUAGUUCACGAUUUCAUCUGCUUUAUUUUACGAGGGUAGCGUGGUACAAGUUAAGAUGUUCUCCUGUUCACUUCAAAAUCAAGACUGACUCAAUAUGUCCAAAUCACCAUAAUCUAGUAUUGAACCUACCAGCAGAUCUGAUCUCACAUGGACUACAAUUGUAACAGUUUAUAUAAGGAACAAUACACCCAAUUUCAAUCCCUUGAGAACAGAAAGCUUAACAAGAAUUAAGUAGUAAACAAAGGAUAAUCACAUGGAGUGUACAAAAGAGCAGAAUACAUGAAAGAGAGGAGACAACUGAACAGUCCAUGGGAAAUGCAAACAAAUGCUGGAGUAACCUGUUAAGCAGGAAGGGAGCAUUGACUCAGUGGUCAUUCCCAUAUUACUAACAUUAAUAAUAUUACAUGAACUAAAACCCCUUGGGAAUAACAAACAGACUUUACACUUCAAUAAGAUGGGGCGAACAACAGCUGCUUAAUAACUAAGUCAUGAAACACAUAACUCUGGGCCGUAACACUGCU